AUGUGUUCGUCUUUCUAUUUCCCUCAUCCGACUACUACAGCCGAUGAUCUCGAGAACCUUUAUAAGGUGCAUGGGGUUGAUCGUUCCGUCAUCCUUGACUUGGUCAGUACGCAUGAGACUCCCAAAAUCGUGAGAGAAGGCUACUACAGAGCCUAUAUUUCCUUCUUUCACUCUUGCGGUCUUAUCUUCCCGAUCCCGGAGCCAAUACUCGAGGUCCUGCCGGAGCUUGGGUUAUCGCUUACCCAGCUUCUCCCGAACUUUCUUAGGCAUCUUGUCGCCUUCUUGGUUAAGGCUAGGGAGGAGGGUCUUGGUUUUUGUCUUAGCGAGUUUCGUCAGCUCGUUCUGGUGAAGCGGAAUAAGCAGAACCCUGGUACUUUCCUCGUGUCUCCGCGCCCAGGUCGCCACGUCAUCGAGGACAUCCCUUAUCGCGACGAGAAGUGGCGUGAGCAAUUUUUUGUUUUCAAGAUGGAUCGAGCAUCUAUGGGUGACUUCGACUUCUCCCAACUUCCCCGGUGUUGGGCCGAGAAUAUCGAUUCAGUUCCUUCUGGAAGCUCUUCAAUGUCAGAUGAGAUUUGUGGUCUGAUGAGGGUCCUUCGGAGAGGUCGUUCGAACUGGUCUACUUUUGAUCGAACUCGGAUUCAAACUGUCUUCGCGUUGCCGGUGAGGACCGAAAGAGCUCCUUUGGUUGAGGAGUCUGAAAACGAGGCCGAACAUUCCCAGGAGGUCGUAGCGACUCCUUCUGUUCAGACCCAGUCUUCAGAUCGUCUAACUAGACAGCUUGUGAGGAGGUCGUCGUUCCGAACUUCUGGGUCUGCAUCGAGGGGCCGAGCUUCCGGAAAAUCUCCUUUGAUCUUGAUUCAUGAUUCCGACGAUGAAGAUGUUUCAAGAGAGAAUCGACCUCCUGUCUCGUUGAUUCCUGGCUCAGAAGACGAGACCGUGGCAGCGACUCGCAAGCGACGUCGGUCAUCGGAGGGUGCCUUGCCUGGUCCGUCUCAUCCUUGGUUUUUUUCUGAGGGAGAUGGUUCUUCGUUUGCGGCCCAAAGCGACCUAAUUUCCCUCGCUGGUCGCAUGAGGUCUGCGGGAUGCCGUCUCCCAUCUCUCGCUUCCUCAGUCGAGAGGGAAGCCUACGCCAAGGUUGAUGUGGCAAGCUCUAAGGUGAUGGAAGCUUUUAAUGAAUAUGUCGUGGCGAUGGAAGAUCAUGUCAUGGCUUCUCGGAACGACAAGGAAAUUGAGAGCAUUGGUUUUAAGAUCAAGAGGCUUUCGAAGGAGCUCGAAGCCACCAAGCGAGAAGGGAAGAAGGAUGCCGAAAAGAUCGAAGCUUUGACAGAAGACUGGAGGAGAGUUCAUCUGGAGAACAAGGCUCUCACGUCCCAAAUGGUUGCUCAAAGGGAAAGAAUUGCGGCGCUCGAGGUCGAGAGAGAUCGGGACAUUCGCCGCGCUUCUCGUAUUGCUCGUCGCGAUAUCGCGGCUAAAUAUCGGGAAGUUCUUGAAUCUUUGAAGGAUAGGUGGGCGAGCAAGAAGAAGGAAGUGUCUGUUGAGCUCCGGCUACAAGAGGUGACCGCCAACAUCGAUCUCCUGACCGAGCUCAAGGAUGGGGGCCUGACUGUGGAUGCGGAGCUUGCUCGAUUAAAGGGAAUGGAAGGAGACUGCGAGGACUUGUCGCCUCCGCCGCCAUGCCAGAUUGGUCGAUCUCCGAGCUCGAUCUUCCUCAAGUCUUAG